AUGUCGGCAGCUGCACAAACAGACGUGCAGAACUUUUCAUCGCUACACGACAACGUACCUCAACAUGCCGAAAACACGACCGCCACCCUUCAAGAUCUACAAGUCAUUUGGAAAUGGAACGAGUCUUUCCCAGAGGUCGUGGACGGUCGUGUCCAUGAUCUCAUCACGCACAGGGUGCAAUUGCAGCCUGAAGAGCAAGCAGUCUGCGCCUGGGACGGGAACUGGACCUAUCGCCAGCUUGACGAACUCUCAACAAACCUAGCACACCGACUCGUGCAUAUGGGCGUCGGCCCACAUGUCAUUGUUCCUCUAUGCUUCCUGAAGUCAAAAUGGACGCCGAUUGCUAAGCUUGCUGUCAUGAAAGCUGGCGGUGCAUCAGUUGCCCUAGAGACGACGCUACCUUACGACAGACUUUAUAGCAUUGUCCGACAAGUCAAGCCGAUUUUAAUACUCUCAUCCCCUUGGACUACCGAGCUUGCCGGACGACUCACCACACAGCCUGUCCUGGUAGUCGAUGAGACUAGUACAACUCCCGACAUCGCCAGCACAUUGCCAGAGGUACAACCGUGGGACAAGCUCUACCUUGUCUUCACUUCUGGCAGUACUGGCACCCCAAAGGGCACUAUUAUUACCCACUCCAACUUUUGCAGCACGAUCCACCACCAGCGGGCCGUGUUAGGCUACUCCAGUUCCUCGCGAGUGUACGAUUUUGCGAAAUACUCCUUUGAUGUCACUUGGUCCAAUUUUAUCUACACCAUAACUGCCGGCGGUUGCCUCUGUAUCCCUUCGCAGCAAGAAGCUCUUAGUAAUCUUGUUGGCUCAAUACGAGCAUAUAACGCAAACUAUCUUAAUAUUACGCCGUCUGUCGGCAGCAUGAUCCGCCCAUCCGAUUUGAAUGGCAUACUAAAACAUGUGAUUUUCGCUGGUGAGGCCCUGACCAGCCAUCUGGCUUCACAGUGGGCACAGCAUACUCGUGUCAUCAAUCUAUAUGGCCCGGCCGAAUGUACGGUUGGGGCUACUCUGGUUGUCUUGAACGAUGAUGUCAAUAAGAAGUCCUUGGGCACUUCCAUUGGCCGUGGUGUUGGCUUCUGCACAUGGAUUGUCGACCCGUCUUGUCACGACAAGCUGGUGCCCAUUGGGGCCAUUGGUGAAUUGAUAUUGGAGGGUCCAUGUGUGGGAGCUGGAUAUAUCGGCAAUGCUGAGAAAACAGCUGAAGCAUUCAUCCAGGCUCCGAAAUGGCUAGUGGCCGGACCGGCAGUCCCGCUGGAACGCCAACGUCCAGCCCAAUUGUACAAGACCGGCGAUCUUGUACGUUAUGAGGCGGACGGGCAACUGACUUUCAUCGGGAGAAAAGACUCGCAAGUUAAGAUCAACGGACAGCGGGUGGAAUUAGGCGACAUUGAACAUCACGUGCGAACGUAUGCCGUUGAUGGUGCGGAUGUGCAGGUAGCCGCUGAGCUGGUAACCCCGUUCGGUAGCGAUAAACCUCUGCUCGUUGCUUUCAUGCAAAUAUCGACACAAGCUGCCAGCCAAGGUGAAGACGGGCUAGAAGCGGAGCUGAAGAGAGUCAUCCAUGGACUCAACGAUCGACUGGCCGCCGCUGUUCCUGCGUACAUGAUUCCUACUGCCUACAUCCCAUUAGCGGCCUUCCCUAAAAAUGCCAAUGGUAAAACCGAUAGGCGCAAGCUCAAGGAAAUGUGCGAAGCUUACUCAGUAGAGGAUUUCAUGGCCCGAGGCUCGCCUGUUUCCGAGAAGAAGAAACCAACCAGGCACAUAGAGUUCCGCCUACAAGAACUCUGGUCCCAUGUUCUUGGCCUGAAUGUCGUCAGUAUCGGUACUGAUGACAGCUUUUUGCGCCUCGGUGGAGAUUCAAUUGCAGCCAUGAAAUUAGCCGGAGCAGCGCGAGAGCGCGGUCUGUCGCUCAGUGUUGCCGACAUCUUCAAUCAUCCAGUGCUGUGCGAGAUGGCAGACGUUGUUAGCGAACAUUCCGAGACUAGCAACUACAUUUACCCAUUUUCAUUACUGAAAGACCAUAUCGAUGUGACGUUGGCGCGAAGCCAAGUUGCUGACGCCUGUGGCGUCAACAUUGCUGACAUCGAGGAUGUCUUUCCAUGCACGCCUCUCCAGGAGGGUUUGAUGGCCCUGACGGCCAAGCAUCCGGGUGAUUAUGUCUCUCGACAUAUCUUCCAGCUGCAGCCUACAGUGGACAUAGACCGUCUGAAGAAAGCCUGGGAGCAGGUUGUGGCGAUGACCCCUAUUCUUCGAACUCGUAUCGUCGACCUGAGCCAACAAGGACUGGUGCAAGUGGUCCUGGACCAGCCAACAGAUUGUACACUCAAGGAUGGUGAAACAAAUCUGGAGAAGUACCAAAAAGAGGAUGCGAAGCUCACAACAGGCUUGGGUAAGCCCCUGGUUCGAUUUGCGCUGUUCCAGGAGCUGUACGGCGAGGAGAUCAGACGGUUCUUUGUAUGGACGAUUCAUCACUCGCUUUACGACGGGUGGUCGAAGCCACUUCUUUUAGAGCGUCUUGCUGAAGCUUAUACUGGUGAGAGAGCGUUGCUGCCUUCACCCCAAUUCCAGUGCUUCGUAAAGCACAUUCUUGAUAUGCAGCAAGGUCAGGCGACCAAGUUCUGGUCUGCCCAAUUCGAGAAUUCUGAAGCGCAGACCUUCCCAGUCCUGCCAUCACCGCGCUACCAGCCGAGAUCUGAUAAGCUGGUGACUCACGCGAUCGAGAAACUGCAGUGGCCAAAGAUGAUGGGCGUGACCGCAUCGACCAUGUUGCGAGCUGCCUGGUCCAUUGUCACCUCAUGCCAUACCAACGCGAGCGACACCGUGUUUGGGGUCACAGUAAGCGGUAGGCAGGCUUCCCUGCCAGGCGUAGAUCAGAUGACUGGCCCUACAAUUGCAACGGUACCGGUUCGAAUUGUUCUGGACAAGAAGAAGACUAUUGAAGAGCUGCUUCUUCAAAUUCAGAGGCAGGUUGUCGACAUGACGGCGUUUGAACAGACUGGCCUACAACGGAUACGGCUAGUCAGCCCCGAAGCUGAGAGAGCCUGUGAUUUCCAAACGCUGCUCGUGAUCCAGCCGGCGGCGGACGAGAAGGAGAAGGCAAUCCAUGACAGUCUUUUUUCGCCCAACAGUGAUCAUGAACACUGGUCUCUCGACGACGACAUGGCCGAGUUCCGCACGUACCCGCUGUCUCUGGAGUGUCAUCUCCGAGAUCAGGGCGUUGUUUGUUUAACCAGAUUCGACUCUGCCGUGCUCAGUGGUAAGCAAAUAGCCAUCCUGAUGAGGCAGCUCGAACAUGUUGUCCGUCAGCUAUGUAGCGCUGAAUCGGCCCAAAAAAAGCUGGAAGACGUCGCCUUGGUCAGUCGUGAGGAUCUCCAGCAAAUGUGGCAUUGGAACUCGACGGUGCCCGAUACCGCUGAUGGCGUCGUGCACGAUCUAAUUGCCGAGACGACGAGGCAGCAGCCAGAGGCACAGGCGGUAUGCGCGUGGGAUGGCGACUGGACGUACCGCGAGCUUGAUGAUGUAUCAACGCGUCUGGCUCAUCGCCUCGUUGCAUUGGGAGUCGGCCCGGAGGUCGUCGUCCCGCUGUGUAUUGAGAAAUCGAGGUGGAUGCCUGUGGCAAUGAUGGCCGUGAUGAAGGCUGGAGGAGCGUCUGUCGCCAUUGACUACGCGCAGCCAGAAGAUCGAUUAAGCAGCAUCGUGAAACAGGUAAGCCCGGUUGUUAUGCUAACGUCGAUAGCCAAUCAGGAUCUGGCCCGCCGCCUGGUUCCGCACCUGUCUGUGGUGGUGGUCAGCGAGCAGCACCUGGCCAGUCUGCCUCAGGCGCACGGAGCAAGAACACCAAAAACACCGACGACAGCAGGAACUGCAUUGCCUACAGUCAGUCAGUCCAACACGCUCUAUGUCGUCUUUACAUCUGGCAGUACUGGCGCCCCCAAGGGCGUCGUCGUCACUCACGCGAACUUGACGAGCGCCAUUCGACACCAGCGUGAAACACUCGGAUUUACUAAGCAGUCCCGGAUAUAUGACUUCGCAUCAUAUAUGUUCGAUGUGGUUUGGUGCAAUCUUCUCCAGGGUCUCUCUGCCGGAGGCUGCCUGUGUAUUCCAAGCAACGAAGACCGCCGCAACGACCCUCUUGGCGCCAUUACUCGUCUUGGCGCCAACACCGCCAUAUUUACGCCGUCCACCAUUCGCGGGCUCGAUCUGCGGCCCCUAGAGGGCCUAAGACACAUACAUUUCAUCGGAGAGGCCCUUUCAGCUGAUGAUGUAGGCGGCUUGCAUCCGGAGUGUGCCGUGACAAACCUGUACGGCCCUACAGAGUGCACCACGUUUAGCACAGCCCAACAAGUCACCGUCCACAAGGCUUCGAGCUCCGGCAAACAUCAGCAAAUAGGUAUUGGUGCAGGCUUGGGUCUGCGCACAUGGCUCGUAGAGCCGUUUGACCACUCCAAGCUUGUUCCUCUGGGUUGUGUCGGCGAGCUUCUGCUGGAAGGCCCGCUCGUCGCGGCCGGCUACCUUGGGGAAGAUGAAAAGACCGCGGCCGCCUUCAUUACCGAUCCAGCAUGGCUCUUGGACGGAUGUGCUAAUCGUGGUAGUCGUCACGGCCGCCUGUACAAGACUGGAGAUCUUGCACGAUAUGAUACAGACGGAAACCUAGUUUUUCUCGGGAGGAAGGAUUCGCAGGUCAAGAUUAAUGGCCAGCGUGUGGAACUAGGCGACGUUGAGCACCACGUACAGUCUAGCAUUCUCCAUAAUCAGGAUAUAAACGUCGUCGCAGAGGUUGUGAAGCCUAAGGAUAGCAGCAAUGCGAUACUCGUCGUCUUUAUUCAAAUCGAUAUCGUCACCGUCCCCGGCGAUGACGAGGCCAUGCACAGCGAGCUCGGAAAGAUUACAGCUGCCCUUCCCGACAGACUUGUCGCGCGCGUACCGGCUUAUAUGAUUCCAUCGGCUUACAUUCCUGUCAGAAACAUCCCCGUCACCCCUACCGGAAAGAUUGAUCGCCGUAAGCUCCGCGCCAUGGGCCAACAGUUGACUCUGGAGGGCAUCAUGAGAACCAACAUGCCCCGUUCUUCCGGGCGAUCACAGCCAUUUACCAGCACCGAGAAGCGCCUGCAGAGACUAUGGGCUGCCGUUCUGGGCUUGAACGCUGAAAUCAUCGCCGCCGACGACAGCUUCUUCCGCUUGGGAGGUGAUUCUAUUACGGCCAUGAGGCUUGUAGCUGCAGCUCGUGAGCAGAGCAUUACCCUCUCUGUUGCCGAUGUGUUCCAGCACCCGCUUCUGAGCGAUUUGGCCGCAGUAGUUGUCGAAGAAGCUGUUGGUGCCAGCUGUAAAGAUAGCCAUCAACUUGAGCCUUUUGCGCUGCUAAAUCUGGGAGAAGGCCUCGAAUCUCUGAAAGAGAAAAUCGCAGACAAGUGCAACGUUGGAGCCAGUCAAGUUGCAGAUGCAUUUCCUUGCACACCACUUCAGGAGGGCUUGCUCGCCUUGACAGCGAAGAGACCUGGUGACUAUGUUGCAAGGUUUAUCUACCCGCUUCUUCCCAGUGUUAGCACCGAUCAGUUUAUAAAAGCUUGGGAGGCUGUCGUUUCCGCAACACCGAUAUUGAGGACCAGAAUUGUUGAUCUUAGCGAGCGUGGCUUGGUUCAAGCCAUUAUCAACGAGCCGACCACCUGGUCACGGAAGGAUGAAUCAAUAAGCCUCGAAGAUUAUGACAUAGCUGACAGGAAGCUUACUACCGGCCUGGGCACGCCAUUGGUACGAUUCGCCGUGCUUCAAGACCCAGUCAACAGCAGUCGCUUCUUUGUCUGGACCAUACAUCAUGCUCUCUAUGACGGCUGGUCUAUUUCACUGAUGCUGAAAAAUCUUGAAGCUGCCUAUGGUUUGACCGAAGGCAGUGCUCUUUCUUCCUCGCCCCCUCUUCAGACCUUUGUGAAGCAUAUUAUGGACAUUGAUCAGAGUCUCGUCGCAUCUUACUGGGAUGAGCAAUUCCAGAGUUCCGAAGCUCAGAUCUUCCCGUCGCUUCCCUCUGCCACAUACCAGCCAAUGUCCAACUCCUUUAUCACGCAUCGUAUGCAAGAUAUACUCUGGCCGAAGUCGGAUGUAACACCUUCCUUGUUAAUACGGGCUGCGUGGUCAGUCUUAGCUGCUAAGUACACCGAUAGCUCCGAUAUCGUCUUUGGUGUAACUGUUUCUGGCCGACAGGCUACAGUACUAGAUGUUGAGAAAAUGAUUGGACCUACUAUUGCCACAGUUCCAGUGCGAGUUGCUUUCGACUGGACCAAGAUGACUGUAGAGCAUCUCUUACGUCAAGUUCAGACCCAAGCAGUGGAAAUGACGACGUUUGAACAAACGGGAUUGCAACGCAUCCGCCGCGUGAGUACUGAAGCUGAAAGAGCGUGUGGGUUUCAAACUUUGCUCGUUGUGCAUCCCGUUGAGGAUGAGGAGGACAAGAAUACAGCCAGCCGCUGGUUCAUCAGCAGACGAGAUGAGCAUGGAGAGGACGACACUAAUGUGACUGAGCACGACACGCACGCUUUGACAAUGGAAUGUAGUCUGGAACGACAGGGAUUGAGACUGCGUAUCGCGUACGAUGCCAAUAUCAUGGACGCCGAGCAAGUUCAAAGGCUGGCCAGCCAGUUUGAGCAUAUCAUUCGACAGAUUUGCAUGCCGGAAAAUGCUAGCAAGGAUUUGUCCAGCAUAAACGCAGUGAGUGACCAAGACAUGCGGGAUAUUUGGAAAUGGAACGACACCUGCCCCGAAGUUCUUGACACCUGCCUUCACGAGAUCAUUUCAAAGACAGCUAAGACGCUUCCGGAUGUGCCGGCCGUUCAUGCCUGGGAUGGCGGUUUUUCCUAUCGUGAACUCGAUGACAUUUCUACGGAUCUGGCCCUCUAUCUUGCUGGAGUUGGUGUCGGUCCCGAGAAAAUUAUUCCUCUUUACUUUGAAAAGUCUAAAUGGACCCCAAUUGCAAUGUUGGCAGUUAUGAAAGCCGGCGGCGCGUCAGUUUUAAUGGACUCUCGUCAGCCGAAGGAUCGUCUUCAAGCCAUUAUUGACCAGAUCAAGCCUGUUGUGGUGGUGUCCUCUAGGAGCAACGAGAAGCUCGCAAACAAACUCACCAACGCACCAAUCAUUGUUGUUAGCAGCAAACGUCUAGAGAAAACACGCAGUGAAAAGAUGCUGGGAAGACUUCCGCAAGUCCAACCAUGGAACAAAGCGUACUUGAUUUUCACCUCGGGAAGCACCGGUAUACCCAAGGGCGCUAUACUAACACACGCAAAUGUAUGCAGCGCCGUGCGGCAUCAGCAGCUUGCUCAGGGAUACACCCCCGAUGCUCGGGUAUACGACUUUACUUCGUACGCCUUUGAUACGGCGUGGAAUAAUUUCAUGCACACAUUUACUAUUGGCGCCUGCCUGUGCAUCCCGUCCGAAAACGAGCGUAGAGACGACCUUGCAGGGUCUAUCGACCGAUUUAAGCCUACAAUCCUUGAUAUCACCCCGUCUGCCGCAACAGCCUUACAGAGCAGCACCAUUCAGUCUCUGCGCACAUUGAUCCUGGGUGGUGAAAGGCUGUCUCGCGAGUAUGCUGAGAGAUGGGGAGCAAUCGUCGACUUGAAGCUAUGUUACGGACCAUGCGAGUGCACACCCACCGCGACUGUGGCAACUAUCAGUCCCAAUCUGAUGGGCGAACCGACUAUUGGGCGUGGUAUUGGUAUGCUUAGUUGGAUUGUGGAUUCCAAGGAUCACAAUGCACUUGUUCCGGUUGGUGCUACUGGUGAGCUUGUUCUGGAAGGUCCUCUCGUCGGCCAUGGCUAUCUAGGCGACGAAGCAAAGACCAACGAAGUUUUUAUUCGCGAUCCUCUGUGGCUUCUGCGCGGCGGAGCUGGGCAUUCUGGACGCCAAGGUCGACUUUAUAAGACUGGCGACCUCGUAAAGUAUAAUUCUGACGGAACUCUUUUAUAUGUCGGCCGCAAGGAUGCCCAAGUCAAGAUCAACGGCCAGCGAGUCGAGCUCGGUGAAGUUGAGAACCACAUGGCUAGUCAUCCACUCACGCGCCACGCUGCGGCCUUAUAUCCUCAGUCCGGCCCUUGUGCCAAGAAGCUGGUGGGAGUCUUCAGCUUAGAGGGCAUCUACCAGGCCGACAAUUCGCCUCAUAUCGAACUUAUCGGCCGAGAGGACUCUACUGUUGUCCAGGAACACAUUUGCGCUUUGGAGACUCUGUUGGGCGAGGCUCUGCCAUCGUACAUGGUCCCGUGUCUUUGGAUCGCCAUCAAAGAUAUCCCCCUGAACCCUUCAGGCAAGCUCAAUCGACGUGCUGUUAAUGACUGGCUGGUUCGUAUGAACUCAGACAUGUUUGCCAGAAUAAACUAUAGCGCCGUCACAACUGCAACCCACGAGCCUAGGACAGACGCGGAGCGUAUCCUCUGCGAAGCUUGCAGCACUAUUCUCAACAUACCUUUUUCUGAAGUGAACCUCCAGCGUUCCUUUGUUGCAAAUGGUGGCGACUCCAUCUCGGCUAUGCGUCUCUCUUCCCACUGCCGUGCCGCAAGCCUUGUCUUCUCCGUUGGCAUUUUACUGAGAAGCAAAUCGCUUGCCGAUGUGGCACGGCUCUCUACCAUUGCUUCUGAUUCUAAGGUCAAUCCCGCGAAGGAAUGUAGAGAGGACUUCGGCAGAGCCUUUGCGUUGUCGCCCAUUCAGAAAUGGUUUUUCGCCCAAACGCCUUCCGAGACUCUCACUGACAAGGACUACUAUUGCAACCAAGGUUUCUACGUGAGGGUUAUCCGCCCUGUCUUGACCGAAGUGGUGUCUUUAGCCGUAAGCACGAUUGUCAAGCGUCACUCUAUGCUUCGUGCCAAAUUUGAACAGUCCAAAAGCGGUUGGAUGCAGAGUGUCCCUAAGCCGUCUGAUGGUAUUUAUCAUUUCGGCUCCGGAGAAGCUCAGUCUAUACAUGAAAUCAAAGCACACACGCACAAGAGACACCAGACACUAGACAUUACGCGUGGUCUGGUAUUCGCGGCAGACGUAUAUAACCUACCAUCUGGCGAUCAAUAUCUAACCUUCAUCGCCCACCAUUUAGUCGUUGAUCUCGUUUCGUGGCGUAUUAUCCUGGAUGACCUCGAGGCGUUACUUACUGGAAAGACCCUCCUAGAUGGUCUCCCCUUUCAGCUCUGGAGCGAGCUGCAAAGUACCGAGGCCCAGGCACCUAGGUUCAUGCCGGAGAAGGUCCUCUCUACUAAAAAUGUGCAUAAUGAUCACAGGUUCUGGAACUUUACAGAGCACAUCUCUAAUACUGCCACGGACCACAUUGAAAAGAAGAUUGAGAUAGAUAGGGCCACAACAUCGCUUUUACUUAAGGAUGCUAAUACUGCCUACGGCACAGAGCCUGUUGAUCUAAUACUUUCCUCUAUUUGGAACGCCUUUUUUCAUGUAUUCCAUCAGCGAGAGGGCCUGACUAUUUUCAACGAAGGCCAUGGCCGCGAACCAUGGACCGCGGAUAUUGACUUGUCCCGCACUGUCGGCUGGUUUACGACAAUUAGUCCUAUUCACGUCUCCCGAGGGGAAGGAAAUAGCCUUGCUAAUAUCACAAGGCUGGUCAAAGAUGCACGAAGGCGGCUUCCCUCCAACGGCUUGGCUUAUUGGGUAUCAAGACACCUACAUAGCCAAGGCAUAGCGGCCUUUGAAUCGCAUGCCUCAACUAUGGAAGUACAAUUUAACUACCACGGCCAGUUCCAGCAGCUAGAGCGCUCUGACUCUCUCUUCGAAGUCGUCAACUUUGACGACAGCGUAUCGCCAGUUGGACCGUCCCUACCAACAUCAGUUUUAUUUGACAUUAACGUUGUCAUUGAAGCUGGAAUCACCAAAUUUUCUUUCUCCUGGAAUCGGCACCUGGCUCACCAAAAGAUGAUCGAAGCAUGGAUAGGGCAAAUCAACCCCUCGCUGCAAUCAAUUUGCUUUGAGCUCUCCAAAAAAGGUCCUGAGCGCACGCUCUGCGAUUAUGAGUUUCUCAAGCUUGAUUAUAGAGGGCUUGACGAGCUUCACAGGAACAUUUUACAUCACAUCGAGGCAUUAAAUGAGACACAAGUUGACAUGGUAUACCCAUCUUCUCCAAUGGUUGAUGGAAUCCUUCUCAGUCAAAUGAAAGGAACGGGCUCGUAUGAAACCUCUCAGACCUGGGAGAUAAGAUCUCGUGGAUCUCACAAAAUUAAUAUUAAUGCUCUAGUUGACGCGUGGCAUGCCGUCGUCGCUCGACACCCCGCUUUGCGAACUGUUUUCAUUCAUAGUAUGGAUGCUUCAGUUGCAUUCAACUCUGUUGUGCUCAAGUCUUGCCGCGGGGAUGUCGUCCUCGUUGAAAGCCAAAGCUUUGAGUCAGCUCUUGAGAGGCUUAAGGAGCUCCCCAGUAUCAACUACAGCCUGGACAAGCCGGCCCACAGACUGGUGCUCUGUACCAUACCGGGCGAUAAUCGUGUUGUCUGCAAGAUUGAAAUGAGUCACGCCAUCUCCGACGGUGCUUCAACAGUCAUCACGAUGCAAGACUGGGCCAAAGCCUACUCAGGAGAGCUUGACGUGAGUGAACUCGUGGAUAUCAGCCACGGGCUUGCGCUGGCUCUCACUUCAGUGUCUAAAGUCGAUAAGAUGGCUUACUGGAAGAAAAAACUGUCUGCCAUGGAGCCUUGUCACUUCCCACGACUUGCGGAAGCCAGCUCAGCAGCAAAUGAGCACGUUACUGGAGUGACUACGUUGGAGAUUGGCCCUGAAACCUUCCACCGCAUUCAGCAAUUCUGCGAGGCUCGGUCGGUCACUCCGGCCAGCUUGUUCCAGGGCGCCUGGGCUCUUACCCUGUCUGCCUACACAGGCUCUGACUCUGUCUGCUUCGGCUACCUUGCAUCCGGCCGAGAUCUCUCUGUUGGGGGCAUCAUGGAAUCUAUCGGUGCAUUUGCCAACGUCAUGAUCUGCCGUGCGGAAACUUCUCGAGAAUGGAGCGGGGAGGACCUGAUCAACUACAUCCACGAUCAAGUCCUUGAAGACCUUGGCUUUCAGCAUUGCUCAAUUGCUGAUAUACAACACGAGCUAGGCCUACCAUUUGGCCAGAAUCUCUUUAACUCUAUCAUAUCCUUCCAAAGGGACAAUGAUAAUCUUGGCGAAGGCAUGGAGACAGAGGAUCUGGUAUUUGUUGACCUUGAAUGGGAAGAUCCGACCGAAUAUGAUAUCACGAUCAGCAUCAGACACACCAACACUUCAGUCUGUUUCACGGUCGAUCAUCGACUAUCGUGCCUAUCUAAUGACCAGGCGCGCAGUGUCGUUUCGCUACUGGAGAAGAUGGUCACAUUCCUUGUUAGCGAUGACAAGGUUGGCUCUUCGGCUGUCAACAAAUUGCCAAAUCAACUGUUUGCGAUGGAUACCAUCAGCGAGAAAGACCUGCAAGACAUCUGGAGGUGGAAUGAGGCAGCGCCUGAGGCUAUUCAUGGACUGAUACACGAUGCCAUUACGGAUGUGGCCCGGAAAAGGCCCCAUGCGCCCGCUAUCUGCGCGUGGGAUGGUGAUUUGACCUACACUGAGCUUGAUGGCAUUGCCACGAAACUUAGCCACCACUUGGCCAACUUGGGAGUUGGUCCAGACGUCAUUGUGCCUCUAUAUUUUGAGAAAUCAAAAUGGAUGCCUGUGGCCAUGCUUGCUGUUAUGAAAGCAGGCGGUGCAUCAGUAGCUCUAGAUAGCACUCUCCCGGAGGAACGUCUACGCAGCAUCAUACAACAGGUUAGGCCUGUAGUUACUUUGACAUCGUUGGCAAAUCAGGAGAGGGCCAAGCGGCUGACAGACUGUGUCACGGUGCCCGUCAGCGCGGCACAUCUUGCGAAGCUUAGCAUCGCCUCCGGUUCGCUACCAGAUGUCAAGCCAGACAACAAGUUGUACAUUGUCUUCACGUCCGGCAGCACUGGAGUUCCCAAGGGCGUGAUGAUCACACAUUCUAACUUCUGCAGCGCUAUUCACUACCAGCAGGAAGCAUUAGGUUUUAGAAGCACAUCACGCGUGUAUGACUUCGUCAAGUAUGCGUUUGAUGUCACUUGGUCUAACUUCUUACACACUAUGACCUCUGGCGCCUGCCUGUGCAUUCCAUCUGAAAAUGAAACCUCAAACGACAUCACCGGCUCCUUCAUCUCGUACAGGGCAAAUUUUGCUGAUUUGACCCCAUCAGUUGCCAGCACUCUGCGCCCAGCCGACCUCACAACUCUAGACCACUUGCUAUUCAGUGGCGAGACAUUGACGACUCAUCUUGCCACGCAAUGGGCUGAAAGGGCCACUGUUCUGAACACCUAUGGUCCUGCAGAGUGCAGUGUCAAGGCGACAUUUGCAGCGGUGGGCAAAGCUGAUACGACUGCUGCCAGUAUAGGUCCAGGGUUUGGCAUGUGCACCUGGAUUGUGCAGCCCAACAACCACAACAAACUUGUACCAAUUGGUGUUGUCGGUGAGCUUCUACUCGAAGGGCCUCUUGUCGGCGCAGGUUACCUGAAUGAUGUUGCGAAAACCCAGGAGUCCUUUAUCGAGGACCCGGCUUGGCUGGUUCACGGAGCACCCGGCCAAGUCGGCCGUAGAGGGCGACUAUACAAGACGGGGGACAUGGUACGAUAUAAUAUUGACGGAAGCAUGACCUUUGUAGGCCGCAAGGAUGCUCAAGUAAAAGUUAAUGGCCAGCGACUAGAGCUUGGAGAUGUUGAGCACCACGUUCGGAACAAUCUUAUCUACAAUGGGCCGGUCCAGGUAUUUGCUGAAGUUAUCAAGCCCAAAAAUGGCGAAAAAUCCGUACUACUGGCAUUCAUUCAUGUUGAUGAUGGGGCAGCAAUGACUGCUAGGCGCCAGUCCGAGCAGACUAGCGAAAUUACAGCUGGUCUCAACGAGAGACUUGCCGCACGAAUUCCAGGCUAUAUGAUUCCGUCCGCUUAUCUUUUACUGGAUGAGGCACCUGUGACGGCAACCGGAAAGACUGACCGCCGUCGACUGCGUGAAAUUGGCCAGCGGCUGACGUUCGAAGAAGUGAUGGCACUCAACUCUCGCAGCGGCGAGUAUAAGCAUCCCAGCACCGCUAUGGAGAGACGUCUGCAAACCCUCUGGGCAUCUGUUCUUGGCAUCAGCGCCGACUCUAUCAGCGCCGAUGAUAGUUUUCUUCGUAUCGGAGGUGACUCUAUUGGAGCUAUGAAGCUGGUAGGCAUCGCCCGCGAUGAGGGACUUGCACUUACCGUCACCGACAUCUUCAAGCAGCCUAAGUUGAGCGAUCUAGCAAAAGUCGUCGGAAAGCUCUCUGAUGCUGUGUCUGAGACUAUCCAGCCUUUCUCGCUGCUCAAACCUACUAUCGAUGCUAAAGCGGCUCUUGAUCAAGUUGCCAACUUGUGUCAGGUCGAUGGCAGCAAAAUUGAGGACGUUUUUCCCUGCACCCCAUUGCAAGAAGGCCUUCUAGCACUGACAGCUAAGAGAGCUGGCGAUUACGUCGCCCAGUAUGUGCUGCCUCUGAAAGCGGCGACUGAUAUCACUCGUUUGAAAAGAGCUUGGGAGGAAGUGCUACAGAAGACCCCGAUUCUUCGUACCCGGAUCGUGGACCUGCCCGGCCAGGGCCUAGUACAGGCUGUUCUGAAGGAAUUUGACUCUUGGUCUCAAUGCUCAAGUGUGAGCGAAUAUCAACAGGCGGAUGAAAGGGUCGUCAUGGGCAUGGGCAAGCCUCUUGUACGAUACGCUGUCACCAAUGUGCCUGAUCACAAGCAGCGUUUCGUCUUCAUAUGGACUGUGCAUCACGCACUCUAUGAUGGAUGGUCCAUGCCGCGCAUCAUGGACAGGCUAGAACUGGCAUACAAGGGAGAGGUGGCUCUCCGGGAAGCUCCGCCCUUCCAGCGCUUUGUGAAACACAUCAUCAAUGUCGACGAGGAACGCACCAAGCGGUUCUGGCAAACGCAAUUCGAAGGAUCGGAGGCGCAGGUGUUCCCUGCUCUACCUUCGCCUACAUACCAGCCAACUGCAAAUUCAUCUGUCACUUAUUAUAUCGAUGGCUUGCACUGGCCCAAGACCGACAUUACAGCAUCAACUACCAUACGCACAGCGUGGUCUAUCCUAGUUGCCAGAUACACAAACUCAGCUGAUGUGGUGUUUGGUGUCACAGUGAACGGUCGGCAAGCCGCUGUGCAUGAAGUGGACGAAAUGACAGGCCCUACCCUGGCAACUGUACCUGUUCGAGUGGCCUUUAAUUGGGAGCAAUCGGUUGAAUCGUGUCUCAACCAGGUUCAGGAGCAACUGGUUGAAAUGGCUGAUUUUGAGCAGACCGGCCUACAAAGAAUCCGUCAAAUGGGCGUCAAUGCCAGACAGGCCUGUGACUUUCAGACACUGUUGCUGAUACACCCUCCUGAAGAGUCUCAGCAACUUGAAACCCAGAUUUUUGCCCGCAAAGGCCCACAAGAUGAGGACGAGGAGCAGGACCAGCUUGCUCAAUUCGACACCCAUGCCAUUACCAUUGAAUGUGACUUGGCGCACCAUGGCAUGACGUUGAGGAUUGAGUUUGAUAACAACAUUAUGAAUCCACAUCAGAUUGAAAAACUUGCUGGCCAGCUCGAGCAUGUCUUGCGACUAUUGUGCGACCCAGAACAACGAAAAAUGAGGCUUACAAAUAUCGAGACGGUUAGUAAGGAAGACCUCGAAGAUAUCUGGGGAUGGAAUGCUUCUGUACCAGAGACAGUCGAAACCCCAGUGCACGAAAUGGUCAUUGCCAUGUCGCAGAAACAGCCUGAUGCUCCCGCUAUCUGCGCCUGGGAUGGAGACUGGAAUUACAGACAGCUUGACGAUUUAUCCACGCGAUUGGCCCAUCACCUCCAGCGUCUUGGAAUCGGCCCUGAAGUCAUUGUUCCUCUGUGCUUCGAAAAAUCAAAACAGACUCCUAUAGCAAUUCUUGGCGUGAUGAAAGCAGGUGGGGUUUGCGUCACUAUUGAUCCAAACCUGCCAGAGGAUCGCCUUGUCAGCAUCGUGCAACAAGUUCAGCCAAUGCUCAUCCUAUCAUCUCUAGCAAAUGAAGCUUUGGCUACCAAACUGUCGGCAGGCAAUCCUGUGGUCGUCAUCGACGACAAGCUGCUAUCUUCUCUGGAAAUGCCGGCAUUCGAGUCCCUACCAAAGGUGCAGCCUUCCAACACGCUGUACGUUGUGUUUACCUCUGGCAGUACUGGCACGCCUAAAGGCGUGCGUAUUACGCAUUCCAACUUCAGCAGCGCCAUGCUUCACCAGCAUAGUUGUCACAAUUUUGACAGUAUACCUAAUCCCCGGGUCUACGACUUCGCAUCAUACGCCUUUGACACGUCAUGGCAGAAUAUGCUUGCCACUUUUGACUGUGGUGGAUGUUUAUGCAUUCCGUCUGAAGCUGAGCGUCGCGAUGAUCUUGCAGGUUCCAUCGAACGCUUUAGGAUUACACAUAGUGAGCUCACACCUUCUGCGGCUAUGGUGCUUCCUUUGUCGACGCUUAAGAGCCUGGAUACCCUAGUGCUUGGGGGCGAGAGGCUUCAAGAAGAAUAUGCCAAAAGAUGGGCGUCGCUGGUUAAUGUCAAGAAUUCAUACGGUCCUUGUGAAUGUACGCCGACAUCUACCGUCGCGGAUGUCGACCCUGUCAAUUUCAACGGAGCAAGCAUCGGCAGAGGCAGAGGUGUCAACACAUGGGUUGUGGACACGACGACUGGAGAUUCUUUGGUGCCCGUGGGAAGCGUUGGCGAGUUGAUGCUUGAGGGGCCACUCGUAGGACCUGGAUAUCUCGGGGACCCUGAAAAGACCGCCUCUGUCUUCAUCAACAACCCGCCCUGGUUGACGCGGGGGGCUCCAGGACACCCUGGCCGCGAAGGCCGCUUAUACAAAACCGGUGACUUGGUCUGCUAUAAUGAAGACGGCACCCUGACAUUUGUUGGCCGUAAAGACGCUCAGGUCAAGAUCCAUGGUCAACGUGUUGAAUUGGGCGAUAUCGAAAAUCAUAUUAUGCGCCAUCAUCUAACCAGACAAUCAGCCUGUUUGCUUCCCAAGACUGGCCUUUGGGCUAAUACACUUGUCAGCGUGUUCAGUCUUCAAAAACUCCAGCAGACCCUUGACGAAGUGGUCGCCGCCUCGGGUCAACUUUCACCUUCUCUCGCUAGCGUUUCAAGCUCAGCAUCCCCCGAUACAGAUCUUACCAGCAGCACUUGGGACUCGAUAGAAGAUUCCACUACCCCAGCGUCACAGCUUAGCACGGAAAUCGUACUUGAGGAUUCUACUGCGAGCAUCCAGGACUACAUUGCAGCCAUGCAGAGCAUCCUUGAGAGCUCUCUUCCUUCGUACAUGGUCCCUACUAAGUGGAUUGCGCUGAAGGAAAUUCCACUCAACCCAUCUGGCAAGCUUAAUCGCAAGCAAGUUGAACAUUGGCUUGCUGAUAUGGACCGAGAGACGUAUGGCAAGCUUUCCAGCAUUGACAAUAACCUCGCUUGCCGGGAACCAGAAACUGAGGCGGAACGCGUUCUCAGAGAUGCGUGUAGCCUGAUUCUAAAUAUCCCAGCUCCUGAAAUCAACCUUCAACGCUCCUUUGUGGCUAAUGGCGGUGAUUCCAUUUCCGCGAUGCGGCUGAGCCCGCAUUGCCGCGCCGCUAAUGUCGUCUUCUCUGUUGCUACUUUACUGAAGGCCAGGUCUUUGUCUGAAGUCGCUAAGCUCUCCUCGGCUGCGACAAAUUUCAUCCUUCCUCGGACUGAGGACUUUGGAAAGCUGUGCCCUCUUUCGCCAAUUCAACAAUGGUUCUUCAAUCAGUCGCCUGAGCAUCUUGUUAACACCGCAGGCUACUAUUGCAAUCAAUCCUUCUACGUCCGAAUUAACCAAGUGGUCAAUACCAGGCAAGUCCGCACUGCUAUUGCAAAAGUUGUCGAGCUACACUCGAUGUUACGUGCCCGGUUCCAGAAGCGAGACAAUGUCUGGAUGCAAAUCAUCCCUCGGGCCACUGAUGCCGUCUACCACUUUGACGCUGUCAAGCUGAAGUCAAUGGGCGAGAUGCAGUCUCUCGCUGCCCAACGCCAGCAGAGUCUGGACUUUGAACAAGGCCUCGUGUUUUCUGCCGACCUGUGCGAGCUUUCCGAGGGAGAGCAGUACCUAAUUCUUGUAGCACACCACUUGGUUAUAGACCUGGUCUCUUGGAGAAUUAUUCUGGAUGACCUAGAAGCUCUUCUCACCGGCACGACCUUAGUGGAAAGCCUCCCAUUCCAAAUUUGGAACGACUUACAACGUGAAGAGGCUAAGAGUUCUAGGUUUGACCCAGACCGUGUUUUGUCCACGGAAGGCAUCAACAAUGAUUUAACAUUUUGGAACUUUACAUCUGAGACGCCAAAUGCAACCCAUGAUCAUAUCGACAAGACGUUCAUAAUCGAUCAGCAUACCACCUCGCUCGCCCUAAAAGAAGCGAAUAAUGCCUUUAACACUGAGCCUGUUGACUUGCUCUUAUCAGCAGUAUGGGAUGCAUUCUUUCAUACCUUUCCAUUACGACAUGGCCUCACAGUGUUUAAUGAAGGUCACGGUCGUGAGCCUUGGAACGCUGAAAUCGAUAUAUCUCGAACAGUUGGCUGGUUUACCACGAUGAGCCCCAUACAUGUGUCACGAAGCAUUGGCAACAACCGCGUCAAUAUUGUUAGACUGGUCAAAGACGCAAGAAGAAAACUGCCCGCUAAUGGAUGGGCCUACUUUGCUUCUAGAUACCUCAAUAGCAAGGGUAUUGAGGCUUUCGGCCCCCACGAUUCAAUCAUGGAGAUGGUUUUCAACUAUCAUGGUCAGUUCCAGCAGCUGGAACGCGAUCAUUCCUUCUUCGACAGUAUUGCGCUCGACAAUGUCUCUGACGUGGGACCAAAUUUGCCCGCCUCCUCCCUAUUUAACAUCAAUAUGUCUAUUGAGGGUGGACAGACUCAUGUUUCAUUUGCUUGGAACCGUCACAUCUCCAAUCAGAGUCUCAUACGAACGUGGAUUGACCAGAUAGGACCCUCUUUGAAUUCCAUCUGUGAGAGUCUUAUAUCUAGGUCCAGUGAACCAACGCUCAUCGACUAUGAAUUUCUGAGUCUUGACUACACAGCUCUGGAUCGCCUGCAAAGCCGCAUCAUUCCUGAAAUCGAGGCUCUCAACAGCACAGAAGUAGAAGACAUUUAUCCUUGCUCUCCUAUGGUGGAAGGUAUUUUACUAAGUCAAUUGAAAGGGGCCGGAUUCUACGAAACGUCUCAGUUCUAUGAGAUCAGACCACGUGGCAGUCGCGUCAUCAACGUCCAGCGGCUGUCUACAGCUUGGGAAGAGGUGAUUGCCCGUCAUCCAUCUCUUCGAAGCAUCUUUAUUGAGAGCCUAGAUCCACGCAUGGCCUUUAACCAAGUUGUUUUGAGAGAGCACCGCGGUGAUGUUGUGCUUCUGAAGAGUGAGAGCCUCGAUUCUGCGCGAGCGUUGCUACAAAACCUCACCAAGGUCAAUUAUCAGCAGCUCAAGCCCCCUCACCGCGUUUCUCUCUGCCAAGUCCUAGAAACGAAUAGUAUCCUUUGCCAAAUCGAAAUGAGCCAUACCAUUACUGACGGCGCAUCUACUGGGAUCGUCGUCGAGGAUUGGACCAAAGCCUACAAUGGCGUACUGGGCAAGGAUAGCCUAAACGAGACGAGCCGAGGAUUUGCAAGAGCCUUGAAUUCUAGCAUUCCAGAAAUCAAAAAGACUUAUUGGGAGAAAAAGCUGGCCGGUCUUCAGCCUUGUCUGUUUCCUCAUCUGGAUAAAAUUUCAGAACCCUCAGAAGUGGUAUCCUGGUCCAUGGUAGAUAUCAACGGCGCAGCCUUUGCUACCAUGCAAAAGUUCUGCGAGUCUCACUCAAUUACCCCUGCCAGUUUGUUCCACGCAGCCUGGUCGCUCACAUUGGCGUCUUAUACCGGCACACAUAGUGUGUGCUUUGGUUAUGUUGCUUCAGGUAGAGAUCUCGCAGUUCCCGGUAUCGGCGAGGCCAUCGGCGCGUAUGCCAACAUGAUGGUCUGCCGCGCGGAUAUCUCACCAGAGUGGGAUAAAAAGCGUUUCGUUGAAUAUCUCCACCACCAGGUUUUAGAGGAUAUGGGGCACCAGCACUGUUCUCUGGCUGACAUUCAGCAUGAGUUGGGCAUAGCGUCUGGGCAACAGUUGUUUAAUACGAUCAUGUCUUUCCAGAAAGAUAUUGAUGACCUUGAAAUAGGUCUAGCUGGACAAGAACUAGACUUCAUCGAUGAAGACGGAGACGACCCUACGGAAUACGAUGUCGCAAUCAGCGUGACAGUCGGUGCCAAAGGGGCGAAGCUGUUCAUCAACUGCCUGCCGUCGCGAUACAGCAAUGACCAGGCCCAUCGCAUCUUGUCACUAUUCCAGACCAAUGUUGCCAGUUUGGUUGAUGACAACGCCCCUCACGGCUACGAGAGUACGCUUCGUAGCAUCGACAUGGUCAGCAAGAAGGACUUGCGGGAGAUCUGGCGAUGGAACUCAUCCGUUCCUGAGACUGCGGAUACAUGCCUUCAUCAUCUGAUCGGGACGACAGUGCAAAGACGACCUGAAGCGUAUGCCGUUAAUUCGUGGGAUGGGGACUGGACAUAUGCCGAGCUGGAGCAAACUGCCACCCAACUGUGUUAUCAUCUUGCAAGUCUUGGCGUUAGACCUGGUGUUAUCGUCGGCUUAUAUCUUGAAAAGUCGCGUUGGACGUCAGUGUCCAUGUUAGCAAUAAUGAAACUUGGAGGAGCCUCCAUUUUGAUGGAUUCUUCUCAGCCAGAAAGCCUCCUCCGGAUCAUCAUGGAACGGGCGAAACCAAGAGUCCUACUUUCAUCAAGUUCGACUAGAGAGUUCGCGGCCAAGCUUACAAGUCAACCCAUUCUCGUUGUCAAUGACGAUCUUCUCCACAUGUUGGCUACAACAACUGCCGUCCCCCUGCCCGUUGUUCGGCCAUCAAGCGUGGUCUGUAUAUUGUUUUCCGCAGGAAGUAGCGACUCGCCAAAAGCCUCGGUACUAACCCAUGCCAACUUCAGCAGCGCUGUCAAGCACCAACAAGAUGCCCUGGGAUACAAGCCUAGCUCAAGGGUGUACGAUUUCAUGCCACAUAGCUCUGCUAUAUCCUGGCAAAUCUUCUCACAUGUGUUUAGCAGCGGCGGCUGCCUUUGUGUUCCUUCACAGAGGGAACAUAAGGACUCCCUCGCGAAUUCGGUAUCCCGCUGGCAGCCCACCAUCAUGAACAUUACCCCGUCAGCCGCCACGGCUCUUCCGAAUAGCACUGUCGAGUCGCUGGAGACGUUAAUCUUGUGCGGCGAACGUCUGUCCCCCGAUAUGGCCAGGCGAUGGGCUCCAUUGGUGUCCCUGAAACUCGCGUACGGCUGUUGCGAGGGUAGACCAAUAGCCACCGUUGGUACGGUUUGCCUGGAAGAUGCCGACGAACCCAGAAUUGGACGAGGCGUCGGUGUCAACACAUGGGUCACUGAUACGCGGGAUGGCACAACCCUUGUGCCUAUCGGUAGCGUUGGUGAACUCGUGCUAGAAGGGCCAUUAGUCGGUGCCGGCUACCUGGGCGAUGCCGAAGCGACGGAAGCGGCCCUCAUCAACAACCCACAAUGGCUCACUUGUGGUAGUGGCGAACCAGAACAUCCAGGUCGCACAGGAAAACUGUUCAAAACUGGCGAUCUAGUCCGUUAUAAUAAAGACGGCAGCUUGACCUUUAUCGCCCGUAAGGAGGCCCAGGUGAAGAUCCACGGCCAACACGUGGAGCUGGAAGACAUCGAGAGUCACAUGGUGCGAUUGCCAUCGAUACGUCAAGCUGCCUGCCUGAUCCCCAAAUCUGGUCAUUAUGCAGACAAAAUUGUUGGUGUUUUUAGCAUCAAUGGGAUCGAUGACGGCAACAGUGACACGGGCAAUACCGCGUUGCAUCUCAUAGGCAGAGACAGGGCACAGGAAGUUCAAGACAACAUUUCGUCUCUACAGGCUGCGCUAGACAACUCAGUUCCCGUGUACAUGGUUCCAAGUGUCUGGGUGGCAUUGAAGAGCAUCCCUGUCGACUAUUCCGGCAAGCUGGAUCGCAAGUUAAUUGGGGAGUGGCUUUGUAACCUCGACGCAGAAACGUACACCAGGAUUUCUAACGCUGGAUCCUCAUCCAGCAGCCCGGUCACCACGACAGAGAAAGUGAUCCAAGACGCAUGCAGUCACAUUCUCAAUAUUCCUUCCAACUGUGUUAACAUGCAGCGAUCUUUUAUCGCCAAUGGCGGUGACUCUAUAUCCGCCAUGCGUGUCAGUCCGUAUUGCCGCGCUGCUGGUAUUCUAGUGUCCGUGGCGUCAUUGCUCAGGAGUAAAAGGUUGGUCGAUGUCGCCGAGUCUGCAACCGUCGCCAAAGGUUCAGUAUCAUCCCGUGAGGAAGAGUUUGACAAGUCUUUCAGCCUUUCACCAAUACAACAAUGGUUCUUUGCCCAGUCCCCUCCCAACAAAGUAAACACUACAAGCUAUUACUGUAACCAGGCCUUCUAUGUUCAGAUCAAGCGCCGCGUACUUCCAGAUGAAGUCGCUAUCGCUAUCGGCAAGGUUGUUCAGCAGCACUCCAUGUUAAGAGCACGGUUUCAGCUGGAUAAAUUGACAAACUCUUGGGCCCAGCUAGUUCCAAAGCCAAGCGAUGCCCUCUACCACUUUGCAUCUUGGCAGGUCGACUCUCUUCCCGCCGUCAAGUCAAUAAUCUCCCAGCGCCACCAAGAGCUGGAUAUCGAGUGUGGAUUGGUCUUCUCCGCCGAUAUGUUCACCCUCCCAUCCAACGAGCAGUACCUUGCGCUCAUUGCUCAUCAUCUAGUUGUCGACUUAGUGUCCUGGCGUAUUAUACUAGAUGAUUUAGAGUCCCUGCUCAAUGGUGGUACUGCCCUUGAGGAGCUUCCCUUUCAGGUCUGGCAUCACCUUCAGAAGCAAGAAGCUCGGUCGAUAAAUUUCGCACCUGAGAGAGUCUUGUCUAGCGAGGUUCAUAAUGAGCUCGAGUUCUGGAACUACACCGCUGCCACCCCCAAUACCUUCGAUGACCACGUCGAGGAAUCCUUCGAGGUUGACUUUGCGACAACUGAGAUAUUGCUCAGAGGAGCCAACAGGGCAUUCAACACCGAACCAGUUGAUCUGAUUCUAGCCUCAGUUUGGAAUGCAUUCUUUGACGUCUUUAAGACACGUAAUGGCCUUACAAUUUUCAACGAAGGCCAUGGCCGAGAGCCCUGGGCAGCUGAUAUUGACCUAUCUAGAACGGUUGGUUGGUUUACCACAAUGACCCCGAUGCACGUAUCGCGUGGCCGCACGACGACAGAUAGUGCCAGAGUCGUCAAGGAUAUGAGGAGGCAGCUGCCGUCAAACGGUUGGGCCUACUUUACCUCACGUUAUCUCAAUGAUGAGGGCAUCAAAGCCUUUAAGGCUCAUGACUGUGUCAUGGAGGUGCUCUUUAACUACCACGGCCAGUUCCAGCAGUUGGAGUCCGACGAUUCGUUGUUCGAGAAUGUCGCAUUCGACGAUGUGUUCGACGUCGGUUCUGACCUUCCCGCCUCUGCGCUCUUCAGCAUUAACGUUUCCAUUGAAGGUGGCCUUACCAAAUUUACCUUCUCUUGGAACCGACACAUCAGUCACCAGAAUCUUAUCCGCGACUGGAUUGCGCAGGUUGCACCCUCAAUGCAGUCCCUUUGCAGCGCCCUGUCAGCCUGCGAGUCCUCGCUAACCAUCGCGGACUAUGAGUUCUUGAAUCUCGACUAUAAGGGUCUGGAUGAGCUGCAGAAUCGUAUUAUUCCGGCCUUGCAAUCCGAGACCAGCACAAUCGUCACUGACAUCUACCCUUGCUCGCCCAUGGUUGAUGGCAUGCUGCUCAGCCAAAUAAGGGAUCCGGAAGCUUACAAGACGUUGCUCACGUACGAGAUGAAACACCACAAGAACCUGCAGCCGCUGGAUAUUGGUGUACUGGCCAAGGCGUGGCAGGCCGUUGUUGCGCGCCACCCAGCCCUUCGCAGCGUUUUUAUCGAAGGAGUAGACAAGAGGACAGCUUUUGCCCAAGCUGUCCUUGAAGCAUAUCAAGGGGAGGUCAUUGUGUGCGAGGCUCACAACAAGACAACGGCUGUGACCAUGGUUCGACAAUUGCCUUCAGUUGACUAUCAGCAGCUCAAACCAGCUCAUCGCCUAGUUCUUUGCAAGGUUUUGGACGAUGACACAAUCAUCUGCCAGAUAGAAAUGAGCCACACAAUUGUCGAUGGCGCAUCUACCGCCAUUAUGUUGAAUGACUGGUCGAAGGCAUAUAGCGGAAUCUUGGGCACAGAAACCUUAUGUGAGACGAACCGCAGCUUUGUCCGGGCUCUCAAAUCCAGUCCGUGGGCCGACAAGAUGGCAUAUUGGAAGAAAAAGCUGGCCGGCCUUGAGCCAUGCCACUUUCCUAGGCUCUCCGAAGCGUGUUCUCCAGGGAACUCCAUCGCCACAUUUGGUGCUGACAUUGACGGUGAUGACUUCAUACGCAUUCAGCGCUUCUGUGAGACUCAAUCUGUUACUCCCGCGAGCGUGUUCCAAAGUGCCUGGGCCCUAUUGCUAUCAACGUACGCUAGCAAUAAUUCUGUAUCCUUUGGGUACAUUGCCUCUGGCCGUGACCUACCUAUUGACGGCAUUGGGGAGUCUAUCAACGCCUAUGCCAACAUGAUGAUCUGUCGCGCUGAUGUGUCGCGCCAUUUAACACCGCAGGGAUUCGUUAAGCGUCUCCACGAUCAAGUCCUAGAGGACCUCACCUUUCAGCACUGCUCUCUCGCCGAUAUACAGCAUGAUCUUCAGCUUUCCCCUGGACAGCCACUAUUUAACACUAUUGUCUCUUUCCAAAAGGACGAUGCAGACGCGGCAGACAAUGUCGCUGUUGGAGAUUUGGUUUUUAUUGAUAUGGACCACGAGGAUCCCACUGAAUUUGAUAUUUCCUUUGACAUCAGCUACGGCACGACUCAAGUGGCAUUCUCUCUCGACUACCGCCUGUCUUGCCUGACAAGCGAACAAGCCAAACGCGUCAUGUCGCUCUUAAGAACCAUCAUCAUGUCAAUCGUUGACGGAAAGACAGAGCCAACCACGCUCAAUGCAAUUGACAUGGUCAGCCAAGGAGAUCUGGAGCAGAUCUGGGACUGGAACUCCGUCGUUCCCGAAAAGGUGGAAGCACUUGUACACGAUUUGAUAUCCAACACAGCGCAUAAGUUCCCUAACGCUCCAGCCAUCUGUGCCUGGGAUGGCGACUGGACGUACCAGCAGUUGGAUACUCUUUCCACACAACUUGCCUAUAAAUUGGUGAAGCUUGGCGUCGGCCCUGAGAAGAUUGUUCCCCUCUGCUUCGAAAAGAGUCGUUGGGUGCCCAUAGCAAUGCUUGGCGUUAUGAAGGCCGGCGGCACAUGCGUGGCUCUGGACACUGCCCUGCCUGAGGAGCGUCUACGCAUCAUUAUGCAGCAGGUCAAACCGACGAUACUUCUUUCUUCAUCAACCAGCCAGGUUCUUGUGAAUCGUCUCACCACGGGACUUGUCUUCGUGGUUGACGAGGCCAAUGUAGCCGACCUGGAAACACCGCCUGCUACGGCCACAAGACUUUCUAGCGUGACUCCCUCCAAUACGCUAUACGUCGUGUUCACGUCUGGCAGUACUGGGACUCCAAAGGGCGUCACGAUCAAUCACUCAAAUUUUGCCAGCUCUCUCCGUCAUCAACACGGCGCACAUAACUUCAAGGCCGGUGCGCGAGUCUAUGAUUUCGCAUCGUAUACCUUUGACACGUCUUGGCAAAAUGUGCUCAGUGCUCUCGAAUGCGGUGCCUGCCUAUGUAUUCCAUCAAAUUCUGAACGCCAGGAUGACUUGGCGGGCUCUCUGGAGAGAUUCGGUGUCACCCACGCGGAGAUGACUCCCUCAGCAGCCCAACUUCUGCCGGCCAGCGCCAUCAAGCGCUUGGAUACGCUGAUUCUUGGUGGUGAAGUGCUUUCGCCUGAGCUGGCCAAGUCGUGGGCCAGCAUGGUGAACGUCAAGAACUCAUACGGCCCAUGCGAGUGUACGCCAACAACAACAGUAGCGACCAUCGACCCAGAUCGCGUUGACGUGUCUAGCAUCGGUCGUGGUUUCGGUGUUAAUACGUGGGUCGUGAGCACUGCGGGUGAUUCUCUUGCCCCUGUGGGAAGCAUUGGCGAGCUGUUCCUCGAAGGUCCGCUCGUUGGCCCUGGUUAUCUCGAUGAUGAGGAGCGAACAGCAGCAUCUUUUAUUCAAAAUCCUUCUUGGCUGCUCCGUGGCUCCGCAGCCCGUCCCGGACGGCAGGGGCGCUUGUAUAGGACUGGUGAUCUCGUGCGCUACCAACCUGAUGGCAGCCUGACCUUUAUUGGCCGCAAGGAUAGCCAAGUCAAGAUUAACGGCCAACGGCUAGAGCUUGGCGAUAUCGAACACUACGUCAGCUGUAAUAUUAACUAUGACUGCGAUAUUCGAGUGGUUGUGGACGUGGUCAAGCCUCGAGACAGCGAAAGGCGUGCCCUUGUGGCUUUCUUGGGCGUGGAAGAUACGUCCGCAGGCCUGGACAAGAUUAUCGCCGGCCUGGCUGACAGACUUGCCGCUCAGGUGCCUGCUUACAUGAUACCGUCUGCAUACAUGCUUUUGGCCAGCAUCCCGAUGACGCCCUCGGGCAAGACGGAUCGAAGAGAACUCCGCGCCAUGGCUGAGAAGCUCACAAGGGUCGAGCUCAUGGCUCAUGGCCCAUCCCAGGCGACAAGGCGAGCACCGGCGACACCAAAAGAGAUUCAGCUUCAAGGGCUUUGGGCUGCUGUACUCGGUAUUCCUCGCGAGAUGAUUAGCGCAGAAGAUAGCUUCCUGCGCAUUGGAGGGGAUUCGAUCGGCGCCAUGAGGCUUACAGGGUUGGCGCGUGAUGGUGGCCUUUCCAUGACCGUCACCGACAUCUUUCGUCACCCAUGCCUCAGUGAUCUCGCCAAGACUAUCCGCAACUCGUUUGGCCAGGAGCAUGAAGCUGUGCUGCCGUUUUCCUUGCUUUCCGGCAAGCUAGACGCAUUAGAGACGCGGACUCGGAUUGCCCGGCUGUGCGACGUUGGCCCGUCACUUAUUGAAGACGCCUUCCCCUGCACACCCUUACAGGAAGGCCUCUUGGCUCUGACGCUGAGACGCUCCGGUGACUAUGUGGCUCAAAAUGUCUUGCAGCUCAAAGCUACAGUCGAUAUUCCUCGCCUCAAGCGCGCCUGGGAGCAAGUCAUUGCCACCACGCCCAUUCUGCGAACACGGAUCGUCGACCUCGAUACCCAAGGAUUAGUUCAGGUGGUAGUGGCGGAGGAGCCGGCAACUUGGCUAGAGUGUUCCACCGGCAUUCUCUGUGAAGAAAGGGACAAGAAGCUGGCUAUGGGCUUGGGCAAGCCUCUGAUGCGGUAUGCGAUUACCAAAGACUCUCAUGACCAGCAUUGCUUCGUUUGGACCGUACACCAUGCCUUGUACGACGGAUGGUCAAUGCCACUAGUUCUUGAGAGACUGGAAAUGGCAUACAACGGAGCAGUCCUGCAGACACCACCGGCGUUUCAAGAAUUCGUCAGGUUUAUUGGCGACGUCGAUGACGAUGGUGCCACCGGGUUCUGGACGUCGCAGUUUGACCAAAUCCAAGCUCAAGCAUUCCCAUCACUGCCUUCGCCGGUGUACCAGCCACGCUCAGACGCUGGUGUUUCGCAUCACAUCCAGGAUCUGGCGUGGCCAAAGACGGACACGACGGCGUCGACUGCUAUUCGCGCUGCACUAUCGAUCCUUAUAGCAGUGCACUCUGACGCUUCUGAAUCGCUCUUUGGUGCGACAGUCACAGGUCGACAAGCUCCGGUACCCGGGGUCGAGAACAUGACGGGCCCGACGAUUGCCACAGUACCAAUCAGGGUGACCCUUGACGGAGAAAAUACCGUCCAUCAGUUUUUGCAGCAGAUACAGGCCCAGGUCGUCGACAUGACGGCAUUUGAACAAACGGGCUUGCAGCGUAUUCGAAGGAUCAACGCAUCGGCCAAGCAAGCUUGCGAUUUCCAAACGUUGUUGCUCAUUCACCCCGUCGAGGAACCCGGCAAGUCCACAAGCUUCCUCUUCAGAGACGAAGACGAGGAGGACGUGUGUGCGGACGACGUUGUCGAUGACUCAUUUGCCGGGUUCGACACACAUGCUAUCACGAUUGAGUGCGAUCUCGAGAACACUGGCGUGCUGCUGCGCUUCCGUUUCGACUCUCAAGUCAUCGACAAGCUUCAAGUGGAGAGGCUCGCGGCGCAAUUUGAUCUGAUUCUGCGUCAACUGUGCGAUCCGGGAAUGUCUCAGCGCAAGAUCUCCGAUAUUGACACGGUCAGCGCCGGGGAGUUGAGGAAGAUUUGGGAAUGGAAUGCUGUCGUUCCCGAUGCUGUCCAUCACGCCGUUCAUGAGUUGAUAGCCGAGAACGCCUCCAAGCAUCCCGAUUCUCCGGCAGUCUGCGCGUGGGACGGGAACUGGACAUAUCAGCAACUCGACUCUAUCGCCACGCAGGUUGCGUGCCGCCUUAUUGGUCUAGGUGUUGGUCCUGAUGUUAUAGUGCCUAUCUGCUUUGAAAAGUCUCGCUGGACGCCCGUAGCAAUGUUGGCUGUCAUGAAAGCCGGCGGCGCGUCGGUCGCUCUAGACGCCACGUUGCCUCGAGAGCGACUACGCAGUAUUGUGCAACAAGUCAAGCCGUCGCUGGUCCUGUCGUCUCCCUUGAGCCGAGAGCUCGCGGAGGCGUUGACUGACGGAGCAGUCAUGGUCUUGGGCGAAGGAUGCCAAGAAGAGUUCGACGAGCCUCCGCUGCAGCCGCUUCCUCGGAUAGAGCCGUGGAACAAGCUGUAUCUUGUCUUUACGUCGGGUAGCACCGGCGUUCCAAAGGGCGCAGUUAUCACCCAUUCUAACUUUAGCAGCGCCAUCCAUCACCAACAAGCGGUUACGGGCUUCAGCAGGUCUUCCCGCGUAUACGACCUGGCAAAAUACGCUUUUGACAUUAGCUGGUCUAACUUCAUCCACACUAUGGCUGCAGGUGGCUGUCUUUGCAUACCCUCGCAGCAGGCAGCUUUCGACGAUAUUACCGGCUCAAUCCUGGAGUACAACGCGAACUUCAUAGACAUUACGCCCUCUGUCGCCAGUACGCUGCGGCCAUCAGACUUGACCUGCCUCAAAACUGUCGUCUUCGCUGGUGAGGCACUCACCAACCACCAAGCCUCCAAAUGGUCAAAGCAUGCCCGCGUGCUCAACAUGUACGGUCCGGCGGAAUGCACAGUCAAGGCUACAUUGGCCGAGCUGGACGGGACUGCCCCGUCUUCAGCAGCCAGCAUUGGUCGCGGACUCGGUCUGUGUACUUGGGUCGUGGAUCCUUCAAAUCAUCUCAAACUCGCACCAGUCGGAAUGGUUGGGGAACUGGUAUUGGAAGGGCCCAUCGUUGGACCUGGAUAUCUCGGCGACGCCGCAAAGACCGCGGACGCCUUUAUUGAGAGUCCCCCCUGGCUGCUGCGCGGCGGGCCUGGCCACCAAGGCCGCAAGGGGCGUGUGUACAGAACCGGCGAUCUCGUCCAGUAUAACCCCGACGGUAGUCUGACGUUUGUCGGGCGGAAAGACGGCCAAGUCAAAAUCAACGGUCAGCGCCUGGAAGUCGGCGAUGUGGAACACAACCUUGCCUCGACCCUCAACGCCCAAUGCCAGUCGGAAUUCCAGCUUGCGGCGGAGGUGAUAAAGCCUCGGGAUAGUGACAAGGCCAUGCUGGCCGCGUUUAUACAGUCAUCCGGACAGCCCGGUGACCUCAAAUCAAGGAUGAACGUACUGACAUCAGGUCUCAACGAUUGCCUUGCCGCCAGGGUUCCUGGAUACAUGAUCCCCUCGGCCUACAUCGUGGUGGACCAGCUGCCGCUCUCCGCCACCGGCAAGUUGGACCGCAAGCAGCUCCGCGAAAUGGGAGCGAAACUGACUCUGUCAGAGCUGAUGACGUCGACUGGGCCACGGGCAGAACGCAGGCCGCCAACUUCUCCGACGGAGCUGUGCCUGCAGAGACUUUGGGCUGACAUCCUCAGCAUCGACCCCGAAACGAUCAGUGCAGAUGACAGCUUCCUUCAUGUUGGCGGUGACUCCAUUCAGGCCAUGAAGCUCGCUCAGCGAGCCCGAGACGAGGGUUUCCACCUAGCUGUUGCCGACAUUCUCACGAGUCCCAAGCUGUCCCGGAUGGCUUCUCACCUCAAGAGUUUAAACGCAGACUCGGGUGCACACCCAGGCGAGUAUCGCCGAUUUUCCCUUUUGCCGCCUGGCAGCCGACCGCAAGUCGAGCAGAUCUUGACUGAACAUGGCAUCGCCACGGAUGAUGUGCAGGACAUCUUUCCUGUUACUGACCAGCAGGCCCGGUAUCUGCUGACAACUUACACGGCGGCCCGGAGCGCGGUGUAUUACCACACGUUGGACCGUGACGGAGAUUUCGAUCCUGAACGUCUGCAGCGCGCUUGCGCUACUCUCGUUGGACGUCUUGAAAUGAUGAGAACCGUCUUUUUCGCGUACAAAGAUACAUUCUUGCAAGCUGUGCUCGCGCGUGUGGACGCGGAUAUCGGCAUGUUUGCGACCGCCACGGAAAACUUGGACGAAUACACGUUGAGAUUGAAGAAGCAAGACUUACUGUGCCAUCUUCAGUUCGGAGCACCACUUGCAAAGAUUUCCGUCAUUCACCAGACGCGAGAACAAAAGUAUCGCAUUGUAAUACGGCUCUCCCACGCCCAGUAUGACGGCACGGCGCUCGCCAAGAUGUGGGCUGCCUUUGAAGCGGCGUAUGCUUCAGCGCCUCCCGACGGCAAGCAGACGAGCUUUUCGCAUUACAUGCACACGCUGUCACUCCUCGAUGAGCAAAGGGCGACCGAGUACUGGCGCAACAUGCUCCAGGGAAGCACCUGCACAGCCAUCAAGCACGAGACCACACACCGUCUCGGAUACGCGCUGGGCCCCAACGUCGUCAAGACCAUAGCAGCGUGCGACCUGCAGUCCGACGACUUUACCUUUGCAACCGUCCUGAAGGCCGCGUGGUCGUACGUCCUGGCGAGACACUCGGCCACCGGCGAUGUUGUGUUCGGCAGCCUCACCCACGGCCGCAACCAGCCGGGCACGCAGGACAUCUUCGGUCCUUGCGUGAACAUUGUCCCCUGCCGCGUGGUUUUCCAGGAGGACUGGUGUGCCAGAGACCUCGUUGCCGCGGUCAACGCCCAGCAGGUGGCCAGCAUACCAUUCGAGACGAUGGGCUGCCGGGACAUCAUCCGCAACUGCACGAGCUGGCCCCGAUGGGCCUUUUUCAGCUCAGUCAUCGUGCACCAGAACUACGAAGACCGUCCCGCGGACGAGUCCCUCGUCGACUUUGACGGCGCCGACCUGUCGACGGGCGACAUCGACAGCGUCCAAGUGUACAUCACCUCUACGCCGGGCGCAGACAGCACUCAGAUAGACUUUAGCUUCACGGACAAGGUCGUCACGGACGAGCUGGCGCAGCGGCUCGCGUCCGAGCUGGCCGACACCAUUGUCCAGUUCUACAGCGCAAUGGACACGAGAAUCAUGCCGCCGCGCGACAUUCGGCGCCUGCCGGCCUCGCUGCCCCUGCCGGCCGACCCCGACCCCGAACCCGCCGCCGCUCCCCCGUCGGACGAGCGCACGGCAGCGCUCGACGGGUGCCCUGCCGAACUGAGGGCCGCUCUCGGCGCGGCCUGGAGAGACGCGCUGGGACUGCAGACCGUCCCCGGCGACGCAUCGACCGAGACCCUGUUCGAGCUGGGCGGCGACGCCAGCAACGCCGCCCAACUGGCCGCUCACAUGCAACGGCGGGGCUACCAGCUCCGGAUCGAAGACGUCUUCGAGAACCCCUCGUGGUGCGAGCUCCUGCUUCACAUGGCUGGCCGGCGGUGA